AUGGCCUCUCUUAUGCCUGAUAAAGAGGAAGCUGCAAAGAGCUCCCCAGAGAUGAAGGAAGAGGAGCAACAGGAUGCAGUAAAUCAGAUGGCUAGCCUGACCUUUGUCAGCUCUGCCUGUGACAUGGUUUCUACAGCUUAUGCCUCCACUAAGGAGAGCCACCCCUACAUCAGAUCUGUGUGUGAUGCAGCAGAGAAAGGAGUGAAGAGCAUGACUGAAGCCACAGCCAGCUGUGUGCAGCCACUUCUGACUACACUGGAGCCUCAAGUUGCUGCAGCAAAUGAGUAUGCCUCCAAAGGUUUGGAUAAACUAGGGGAAAAGGUCCCACUCCUUCAAAAGCCAGUGGACCAGGUUAUCUCUGAAACAAAAGAGCUGGUGUCAUCCACAGUGGCAGAGGCAAAGGACGCUGUGAGCAGCAGAGUGACAGAGGUGAUAGAUGCAACUAAGGGUGCUCUUCACAGUGGUGUGGAAGCUGCCAGAUCCGCAGUAACCAGCAGUGUGGGGAUGGUCAUGGACUCCAGAGUGGGCCAGAUGGCUGUGAGCAGAGCAGAGGCUGUGCUGGGGAGAACAGAAGAAGACAACUCUCUCCCUAUUGGAAAUGAGGAAUUAGCCAAAAUGGCAGCAUCUGAGGAGGGUGCAGGUAUAAUGUCUGUGGAGCAGCAGCAGGAGAAGAGGAGGUACUUUGUGCAGUUGGGGUCUCUCUCUGAUGAACUUCGCCAGUUUGCCUACCUGCACUCUUCAGAUAAAAUGAAGCGGAUCUGGCAGGGCAUGCAGGAGGCUCUUGCACAGCUUCACUCCAUCAUUGAACUGAUUGAGGUGUUUAAGAAAGGCUUUAGUAAAAAGCUUCAGGAAGGGCAGGAGAAACUGUGCCAGAUGUGGCUGGACUGGACUAGAAAGUUUCCUAAAGACAGCAGAUAUGCCAGCUCUGCAGAGCCAGAGGAGAUGGAGUCUCUGGCCCUGCUGAUGGCAUGCAGCAUCACACAGCAGCUGCAAAUCACCUGUUGUAAAAUCAUGUCUGCAAUCCGAGGCCUUCCCUUGAGCCUUCAGGAUAAGGUGAAACAAUCCCUUAAUACCAUAGAAGAGCUUCAUGCUUCUUUCUCAGCAGCAAAUUCCUUCCAGGACUUGUCCAGCAGUGUCUUGGCCCAGAGCCGGGGGAAGCUGGCUGUGAUCCAGGAGUGCAUGGAGGAGCUGCUGGACUACCUGAAGGACAACAGGCCUCUGUCCUGGCUGGUGGGACCCUUCUCUCCUCGGGAGGAGGAGGAAACUUUGCAGGAGGGGGUCUUGCAGGAGGAAGCAGAGACAGAAGGAGCAGGGGCUCGUGAAGCUUCUGCCACCUCCCUGUAA